AUGACAACAGACUACGAAACGCAGUUCUCUCCGCUGAUCUCGGCUAGAUCCAGAAAAAGGUUCUUCAAGACCUUCUACGAUUUCGAUGCAAAGCCUGAUCCGUUGGCUCAUCCGAACCCGAUUCCGCUAGGAGGUGGAACCCCAAAUGAAGGGUUCUUCCCCGUGGAAUCCAUCCACGUGAACUUGGUGGAUCAACCUUUCCAGCACUUUGACUACGAAGUGAAAGGUCCGGGCACAAACUCUUUUGACAAGAACACGGAUGAACAGGUGCACAAGUUGAACGGAGAUCACACAGCGGUCAAUACUUAUCGUUACCCUUUGAAUGAUGAUCAAAUCUCUAUUCACAAGGGGUUUCAAUACUCAAACAGUGAUGGUUUCCCACAGCUGCAAAAAUUCUCCAAGGAAUUGAUCACAACUUUGCAUAAGCCUGCGUACGAUGAUUACGAUGUAAUCAUCACUAACGGCUCAGGUGAUAGUUUGUUCAAAGUUGCAGAUUUGGUUUGUGAAGAUGGCGGCUCCAUACUUGUUGAGGAAUUUACAUUCACACCUUUCAACAACUCUGCUGAAAACCACAAUACCGCUGUUAUCCCGGUCAAACUUAACAUAAAGGACGGGAGUGAGCCAGGUAUUGACCCAGAAUACUUGGAUGACUUGCUCACAAAUUGGUCCACUGGUCCUUAUAAGGAUAAGAAGAAACCAACUGCCCUUUACACCAUCCCAACUGGUCAAAAUCCAACUGGCUUGACACAGAGCCUGAGCUUGAGAAAGAAGAUAUAUGCUCUUGCAGAGAAGCACAACUUCCUCAUCAUUGAAGACGAUCCAUACGGAUACAUAGUGUUACCAAAAUACGGUACACCAAACGUUUAUGAGUCGCCAGAUUUCACACCUGCAGAAUACAAGAAGCUGUUGACUCCAUCUUACUUGACUAUUGAUACGUCAGGCCGUGUCAUCAGACUGGAUACUUAUUCCAAACUAUUUGCACCGGGUUUGAGAUUGGGUUUUAUCACUGCAAACCCUUACCUACGUAGAAGAAUCUUUAUCCAUACUCUACUCUCAACAAGACACCCAUCUGGUGUUUCUCAGUUGUUGUUGAACAACAUCAUUCAACAGUGGGGCGGUGUUGACGGUUGGUUAACUUGGUCUUCAAAAGUUGCCAAACAUUACACGUAUAGACGUGAUAUCUUUUUGAAAGAAAUAUACUCAUCACAGCCUUAUAAGCAAGGUCAGAUCACUGUUGUUGAGCCAGAUGCUGGUAUGUUCAUAAUUGUCUACAUCAACAUUGAAUCUCAGGUUCAAGAUCCACACGAUUAUGAAAAGAUCCUGGCCAAGCUCAAGACCAAGUACAUCAGACAUGGUGUUGAUGUUGUGUUUGGUAACAAGAUGGUUGCAGAUCCAACUUUUGAGAACACUAUCAAAAACGGUAAUUUUAUUAGAACCACGAUUGCUGCAGUCAGUGAUAAUGACGCUCUAAUUGAAGGUCUCAAGAGAUUCAGCAGUGCUACGACAGAGUUUUUUGAAGAGUUGAAUGGUGGUCAAUACGAUGAGUUGAUCUCUAAAUGA